CCGCCUUGGCCCCUCCCUCCCACCAUCUCCACUCCCGCUCUGGGCUCACGCUCUGGAUAAGGACGGCGCGGGGGCGGUUGUCUGACGACAAUUUCAUUCUCGUUUUGUCAUUUUUCUCAUUUAGCUCAUUUUUGUCAUUUUAGUCCACCGUUAAGCAUGCUCGAGGAUGACUCCUCCGUAGAGCGGUCGUGGCGGAGGAGGGGCCGGGAGCGUGCGUUAACCCGGAAGAAGUGAACCAGGAAGUGAACAUGAUCUCGGGUACUCACAGUUCUUUCUUGAUCUUCCCCGCCGCCUCCUGUAUUGCCUCUUUAUGGAAUCACUCCAUAUACUGAGUUACACAGCAUGGUUUGCCCGUGCUGCUGCCCCGCGGGCUGUCGUUUCUGACCUGCCUACGCUCAGAACUUUCCCCAAAGCAUCAGAGUAAUACUGUUAAUGUGAUGGGUAAUGGAGAAGUCGUGCUGUUCUCAGGUACGGCGUGUUGCUUUGUCGCCCACACUGGAGUGCAGUGGCGUGAUCUCAGUUCACUGCAACCUCCGCCUGCCAGGUUCAAGCGAUUCUCCUGCCUCAGCUUCCGGAGCAGCUAGGACUACAGAUGAAGUCUUGCUCUUGUCCCCCAGGCUGGAGUGCAAUGGCAUGAUCUCGGCUCACUGCAACCUCUGCCUUCUGGGUUCAGAUGCUGAGAUGAAUCGUCACCUGUGUGUUUGGCUUUUUAGACAUCCAUCUCUUAAUGGUUACCUCCAGUGUCACAUCCAGCUCCAUUCUCAUCAAUUUAGACAGAUACAUCCUGAUACAAGGCUGCAAGGUUUUAGACAAAACAGGAAUUGCAUUCUUCAUCUGUUAAGUAAGAAUUGGUCCAGGAGAUAUUGCCAUCAAGACACCAAGAUGCUCUGGAAGCAUAAAGCACUACAGAGAUACAUGGAGAACCUGAGUAAGGAGUACCAAACACUUGAGCAGUGUCUGCAGCAUAUCCCUGUGAAUGAAGAGAACCGAAGGUCCUUGAACAGAAGGCAUGCUGAGUUGGCACCUCUUGCAGCCAUUUACCAAGAAAUUCAGGAGACUGAACAAGCAAUUGAAGAAUUAGAAUCAAUGUGUAAAAGCCUAAAUAAACAAGAUGAAAAGCAGUUACAAGAACUUGCACUGGAAGAAAGGCAAACCAUUGAUCAAAAAAUCAACAUGUUGUACAAUGAGCUUUUCCAGAGCCUUGUGCCAAAGGAAAAAUAUGACAAAAAUGAUGUUAUUUUAGAGGUGACAGCUGGAAGAACUACUGGAGGUGACAUCUGCCAACAAUUUACCCGAGAAAUAUUUGACAUGUACCAGAAUUAUUCGUGCUAUAAACACUGGCAAUUUGAACUUCUGAAUUAUACACCAGCGGAUUAUGGUGGACUACAUCAUGCAGCCGCCCGAAUUUCUGGUGACAGUGUCUAUAAGCAUUUGAAGUAUGAGGGUGGGAUUCACCGAGUUCAGCGCAUCCCCGAGGUGGGCCUGUCCUCAAGGAUGCAGCGUAUUCACACAGGAACGAUGUCAGUUAUUGUCCUUCCUCAGCCAGAUGAGGUGGAUGUGAAAUUGAACCCUAAGGAUUUGCGAAUAGAUACAUUUCGAGCCAAAGGAGCAGGAGGGCAGCAUGUUAAUACAACUGAUAGUGCUGUCAGACUUGUCCACAUCCCCACAGGAAACUGUUAAAAAAAAAAAAAAAAGGCCCGGUGCAGUGGCUCACGUCUGUAAUCCCAGCACUUUGGGAGGCCAAGGCAGACAGAUCACCUGAGGUCGGGAGUUCAAGACCAGCCUGACCAACAUGGAGAAACCCCGUCUCUACUAAAAAUACAAAAUUAGCCGGGCAUGGUGGCGCAUGCCUGUAAUCCCAGCUCCUCGGGAGGCUGAGGCAGGAGAAUCGUUUGAACCUGGGAGGCAGAGGUUGCAGUGAACCGAGAUCACACCAUUGCAUUCCAGCCUAGGCAACUCCAUCUCAAAAAAGAAGAAAAGAAAAGAAUAUAUGCAUGAGCAGAAGAACAUAAAACAUCCGUAAUAAUAACCCAGUAACUAUUGUUGGCAUAUAUCUUUGGUAUACAUCCUUCAAAUUCUUUUCUGUACAUAUAAAAAUACGCCAUUUUUUCCCCAAAAAUGAAGUUAUACUUUUUUUUUUCUUAGAUGGAGUAUAGCUCUGUCACUCAGGCUGGCAUGCAGUGGCCAGUGAAUCUUGGUUCACUGCAACCUCUGCCUCCAGUGUUCAAGCUAUUCUCCUGCAUCAGCCUCCCAGGUAGCUGGGACUACAGGCGUGCACCACCACACCUGGCUAAUUUUUGUAUUUUUAGUAGAGACGUAGUUUCACCAUGUUGGCCAGGCUGGACUCGAACUCCUGACACUAAGGAUCUGCCUACUUCGUCCACCCAAAGUGCUGGGAUUACAGGCAUGAGCCACUGUGCCUGUCCUGAGGUUAUACUUUCUGUAAUUUGCCAUAAUUUAUUUCAACAAUACAUAAAUUGUUGGAUACUUAAUGUGUUUCACCUAAACCCUGUAUUGUUGGAUAUCGUUCUAUAUUAUACACAGUCCAGAACAGUAAUAAUUAGCUUAAGAUGAAUUAAAAAUUAAAAUGGGUAAAAAAUUGGGUAAAAGGUGAUCAAAACUGACAAAAUAAACCAGAAUACUUUAAAACUUAAAGGUUGUAAAACCACUCUAGCCAUAAAUUGCUGACUUUACAAAAAGUGACUUACAGAAAGUAGAACUGUGGUUAUUAGAGACUAGGAAGGGUAAGGGGGAGGGGAGGACAGAGAGAGGCUGGGUAAGGGAUACAGAAUUACAGCUGGAUAGGAGGAAUUAGUUCUGGUGUUCUGCAGCACUACAGCAUGAAUAUGGUUAAUAUUGAUUUAUUUAUUGCAUAUUUUCAGAAAGCUAGAAGAUUUUGAAUGUUCGCAACACAAAUAAAUGACAAAUAAAUUUUGAGGUGAUGGAUGUGCUAAUUACCCUGAUUUGAUCAUUCCACAUUGUAUCGAGAUACCACUCUAUAUCCCAUAAAUAUGUACAAUUAUUACAUGUCAACUAACAAUAAAAGGAAAAGAAAGUGACUUUAUCAUUGCGCUGCCAGACUUACCUUGGGCCAAUUAUUUUUUAGCCACUUAGAUCUGAGUCUUUGGUUUCAAAGAGGCCUGAAGGCCUACCCUCAAACCUUCCCUUUAGGCAAGCAAGGCAUGUCAAGACCAACUCCUUAUGAAGCCAUGCAGUUAUGACCAAGUGAUUUUUUCAGCCUACUUCUUCCAUAUUUUGAGGAUUGCCAUGGUUUCAGCAUCUGCCUCAAGGAAAACUCAGCCUUUCUUCCAUUUCUCCCAUUCUUUCUUCCAUACUAAGACCUUAGACUAGGAACUGUCCCUGCUGGAAUUCAAAGUGAGAACUAUAGCUCAUUCUUCUAUUUUCUCCAUGCCAUGGACUCUGAAGAAUCAUAUUUUUUUCUAACCACUGCUUCUAGAUAUCUCCAUUUUCCACCAUUGGAAGAGUUAUUCAUAGGGGUGUGGUUAAAUGUCUAUACAGGGGAAUAUUACCUUUCUUGGGAAAAUUUAUCCCAAGAUAAGGAUGAAGACGAAUAUUUUGUGCAUUAAAGUGGGCUUUUUAGUUUAUUACCAGUUGGUGAGUAAAAGAUGCCCUCUGUAAUUCUCUUUCUUCCUUCCUUCCUUCCUUUCUUUUUUUCCUUCUUUCUUUUCUUUUCUUUUCUUUUCUUUUCUUUUUUCUUUUUUUUUUGAGACUGGGUCUUGCUCUGUUGCCCAGGCUAGAGUGCAGUGGCAUGAUCAUAGCUCACUGACUAUAACCUCGAACUCUUGGCUCAAGCCAUCCUCCUACCUCAGCCCCCUGAGUAGCUGGGACUAUAGGUGCAGCUACCACGCUGGCUACUUUUUGUAUUUUUAGUAGAGACGAAAUCUUGCUAUGUUGCCCAGGCUGGUCUCAGAACUUCUGGCCUCAAAUAAUCCACCUGUCUUUGCCUCCCAAAGUGCUGGGAUUGCGGGUGUGAGCCACUGUGCCCAGCCCCCUUCUAUUAUUCAAUAUACCUUCCCUCCGUCUACAUCUUCUAUUCUUAAGGGAGUACUCAUUAUUAAAUACUCCUCUAUAGAAAGUACAUUAUAAUAAAAUACAUAAUAAAGUGAUUCCCUUAGGAAUUACUGAGCUGGAAAGUAAUAGUUUUGAUCUAAAAGUUCUAACCUGAGUGAGUCGAUAGGAAUAAUACAGGUGCUUAGGCAAAAAUCAGUACAGAUCAGCUGACAAGAAGAGGAAUGUGGAAGAGAGCUCAUGAAAGCCUGGCCGUCUUAAAAUGGAAAUGUUCAUAUUCUUUUGGGUAGUACAAAAAGGAUAUGAGAGUCAAGGAAACCCCAGACAAAUACCUGGAAGAUGGGGGCCAGUCAGUGCCCCCAGUCCAACCAGAUGGCCACAGUAAAGCAGUCAGGAAGUGAUUAAACUAGCAGAGGUGAAACCUCAGUGCCCUACUAAAAGUAUUAGCAGGUAGUGACUGUAGCUUAUUUAGACAGGGAGAAAACAUACUUCAGAGAAUAGAAUUUUAUAGAAAUUCUUUACAUCUCCAGCAAAAUAUUUACCACUGUAUCGGUGCAGAUAUGCUAAGCUAAUGGGGCUUUUGGUUUUUAGUUUUUGUGAUUCAGAAAGAAAAUCCCUUUCUCCUCUAAUGUACUGAGGAGCAGGAUUAGACUCGGACCUCAGAGUGGUAUCUGCAAAGUUAAGAACAACACAGCCUCAAGAAGUGAUCGUUUCAGGGCUGGAUUUGGGCCAGAAACUGGACUACACAGUGGGCCAAACCCACCCAAAUGCAGAAGCUGGCCAGCCAAAACUUGUGUGUGGUUAGAUGUAUUGAUUAGCUGGACCCCAGCUAACUCAGACUACACAGAAGAACUUAGAAAUUUAGAACUCAGAGCCAGGCGUGGUGGCUCACGCUUGUAAUCCCAGCACUUUGGGAGGCCGAGGCGGACGGAUCACGAGGUCAGGAGAUUGAGACCACGAUGAAACCCCGUCUCUACUAAAAAUACAAAAAAUUAGCCAGGCAUGGUGGCACACACCUGUAGUCCCAGCUACUCGGAGAGGCUGAGGCAGGAGAAUGGCAUGAACCCGGGAGGCGGAGCUUGCAGUGAGCCGAGAUUGCGCCACUGCACUCCAGCCUGGGCGACAGAGCGAGACUCCAUCUCAAAAAAAAAAAAAAAAAAAAGAAAUUUAGAACUCAGAAAA